AUGUCUUUAAAACAAACCAGACCAAUUGCUAGAACAGUCGGAAUACGACCUGUAAGAAAUGGUCAGAGAACAAGGCAGAAUCAAGUUAGAAGGCAACGAAAUCAACGAAAUAUUAAUGAAUUAUCUCAUUGUCGCGUCCAUCACAAUGUACCCACUAAUAAUCAAGACACGUUAAAUGAUAUUGCCAAUCUUCUUCCACAAGUGAUAAAUGAUCCUUUGUUGAAUCAAUUUUUCAAUGGAGGUAUUGGUUUCACAACUGAUCUCAUACAAGGCAAAUUGGUAUCAAGUGCCAAAUGUCAAUUUAAAGAACAAUUUAGUAAUGGAUCUGGAAGGUUCAAAUUCCCGAUGUCGAAUUCCCGAUAA